UCCUGCUAGGGGGUGUGAGCAGACCCUAGGAGGGUGUAGGGAAGCAGACCUUGAGUGUGCAGGCAGAGGGACAGGCAGGAGGCUGGGGUCUUUCCCACAGACCUCAACGGGACCCUGCCUCCGACUCUUCCUGUCUUCCUCGGAGGCAGCUUCUGCCGGUCAGUGGAAUUUUCCCAAGACAGGCCCCUCCCCUCUGGGCUCGAAUUCUCAGGGCAGCCUCCUUCUCCCUGAGCUGGGCUGUCCCUAGAUCUGGGGUCAGAUGGAGAAGGAAAGUGUGGGCUCUGCCCCAGAGGCUCUGGGUUUUCAUGAGUACGCUUGCCCCGUCCCUGGAGGAAAUGGGUUUCGAGGCUGGAGAAGCUCAGGCUGUAUUCUUGCUGGUUCUUUUUCUCUCCCGGACCAGCCUAGCCUGGACUUUGGCUUCUUUGCCUUGAAGCUUUGGCAAGGGGUGAGGGUUCCCGAGAUGGGGUGCGGGUGGUGCAGAGCUGCGAGCUGGCGCUGCUCCAUCUGUUUUCUUUGCGUCCCCACCCCCACCCCAGCCCCAGCCACCGUCAGUCACGUCACUGUAGGGACUGGAGUGGGAAGGGAGGGAUAAGGGGCAGGAUGGAGGCCCCACUCCCCGAGGUUGCCUAGACAACAUCAGAAAUCGUGGCCAAGGCCUCUUCCGCCUGCGGGGCGCUGCUUCCUGCAUCAGUCACUCCCGCUGGGGGCGGGGCGGAGGAAGGGGUUGGAUGUAAGAGAGCUUGGCCCCAGCCGGUGAGGUUCCUCCGCUGUAGCCUUGGCCCCAGCCAUGGCAUCCUAUCCUGGGCCAGGCAAGUCCAAGGCCAAAUAUCCCUUUAAGAAGCGGGCCAGCCUGCAAGCUUCCGCUGCUGCUCCAGAGGCUCGGGGUAGUCUAGGGGCCUCUGCGCUGCAGUCUGCCCGAUCCCUGCCGGGCACUGCCCCCUGCCUCAAGCACUUCCCGCUCGACCUUCGCACCUCUAUGGAUGGCAAAUGCAAGGAGAUCGCAGAGGAGUUGUUCAGCCGCUCACUGGCCGAGAGUGAGCUCCGCAGUGCCCCUUAUGAGUUCCCAGAGGCAAGCCCCAUCGAGCAGCUAGAGGAGCGGAGGCAGCGGCUGGAAAGGCAGAUCAGCCAAGAUGUCAAGCUGGAGCCAGAUAUUCUGCUUCGGGCCAAGCAAGACUUCCUGAAGACAGACAGUGACUCGGACUUACAGCUCUACAAGGAGCAAGGAGAGGGACAGGGUGACAGGGGUCUUUGGGAGCGUGACGUGGUACUGGAACGGGAAUUCCAGCGGGUCAUCAUCUCUGGGGAGGAGAAGUGUGGGGUGCCAUUCACAGACCUGUUAGACGCAGCCAAAAGCGUAGUGCGGGCCCUUUUCAUCCGGGAGAAGUACAUGGCCCUGUCCCUGCAGAGCUUCUGCCCCACCACCCGCCGUUACCUGCAGCAGCUGGCUGAGAAGCCCCUGGAGACUCGAACCUAUGAGCAGAGCCCCGAUACCCCUGUGUCUGCUGAUGCCCCAGUGCACCCCCCUGCGUUGGAGCAGCACCCAUAUGAGCACUGUGAGCCAAGCACCAUGCCUGGGGACCUGGGCUUGGGUCUGCGCAUGGUGCGUGGUGUGGUGCAUGUCUACACCCGCAGGGACCCUGAUGAGCACUGUCCGGAGGUGGAGCUUCCGUACCCUGACCUGCAGGAAUUUGUAGCUGACGUCAAUGUGCUGAUGGCCCUGAUUAUCAAUGGCCCCAUAAAGUCAUUCUGCUACCGCCGACUACAGUACCUGAGCUCCAAAUUCCAGAUGCAUGUCCUGCUCAAUGAGAUGAAGGAGCUGGCAGCUCAGAAGAAAGUGCCACACCGGGACUUCUACAAUAUCCGUAAGGUGGACACGCACAUCCAUGCCUCAUCCUGCAUGAACCAGAAGCACCUGCUGCGCUUCAUCAAGCGGGCAAUGAAGCGACAUCUGGAGGAGAUUGUGCAUGUUGAGCAGGGCCGCGAGCAGACGCUGCGAGAGGUCUUCGAGAGCAUGAAUCUCACUGCCUAUGACUUAAGUGUGGACACACUUGAUGUGCACGCGGACAGGAAUACCUUUCACCGAUUUGACAAGUUCAAUGCCAAAUACAACCCUAUCGGGGAAUCUGUCCUCCGAGAGAUCUUCAUCAAAACCGACAACAAGAUUUCUGGGAAGUACUUUGCUCACAUCAUCAAGGAGGUGAUGUCAGACCUGGAGGAGAGCAAAUACCAGAACGCAGAGCUCCGGCUGUCCAUCUACGGGCGUUCGAGGGACGAGUGGGACAAGCUGGCACGCUGGGCCGUGGGGCACAAAGUGCACUCUCCCAAUGUGCGCUGGCUGGUGCAGGUGCCCCGCCUCUUUGACGUGUACCGCACCAAGGGCCAGCUGGCCAACUUCCAAGAGAUGCUGGAGAACAUCUUUCUGCCACUGUUUGAGGCUACAGUGCACCCUGCCAGCCACCCAGAGCUGCACCUCUUUCUGGAGCACGUGGAUGGUUUUGACAGUGUGGAUGAUGAGUCCAAGCCAGAGAACCAUGUCUUCAACCUGGAGAGUCCCCUCCCGGAAGCUUGGGUGGAGGAGGACAACCCACCCUACGCCUACUACCUGUAUUACACCUUCGCUAACAUGGCCAUGCUGAACCACCUGCGCAGGCAGAGGGGCUUCCAUACGUUUGUGCUGAGGCCGCACUGCGGGGAGGCUGGGCCCAUCCACCACCUGGUGUCAGCCUUCAUGCUGGCCGAGAACAUCUCCCACGGGCUGCUUCUUCGCAAGGCCCCGGUCCUGCAGUACCUGUAUUACCUGGCUCAGAUCGGCAUUGCCAUGUCCCCGCUCAGCAACAACAGCCUGUUCCUCAGCUACCACCGGAACCCUCUCCCUGAGUACUUGUCCCGUGGCCUCAUGGUCUCCCUGUCCACAGAUGACCCCCUGCAGUUCCACUUCACCAAGGAACCCCUGAUGGAGGAGUACAGCAUUGCCACUCAGGUGUGGAAGCUCAGCUCCUGUGACAUGUGUGAACUGGCCCGUAACAGUGUGCUCAUGAGUGGCUUCUCCCACAAGGUAAAAAGCCACUGGCUGGGACCCAACUAUACCAAGGAGGGCCCCGAGGGCAAUGACAUCCGCCGCACCAAUGUGCCAGACAUCCGAGUGGGCUACCGCCAUGAGACCCUGUGCCAGGAGCUGGCGCUUAUCACACAGGCCGUCCAGAGUGAGAUGCUGGAGACCAUCCCAGAGGAAGUGGGCCUUGUCAUGAGCCCAGGGCCUUAGUGAACCAAGUUCAUGCAGUGCUUGUCCAUCUCAGCAACUUGAUCGUGUCUCUGAUUGGACCCCUCCACCUGCUGUGGUCUCUGCAUGUCGCUGUCUCUGUUUCUGUCCUGCAUGUCUUUGACCAUGUCUUGCCUCUAGGCCUCCUCAGUGAGAGCAAGUCCCGGAAUCUGCGUCACUCUUGUCUUGGCUCAGGUGGUCCCUGAUGGCUGAGAUCUAAGGGCUGGCCCUGCUAGUGACCCGUCCCAGGAUUGUCAGAGGUCUGGCUGUCCUGUGGUGUCUUCAGUGUCCACAGGGGCUUGGGAUAGUUGUGUGGGACUGACCCCGUUAGCCUCUGGAGCCCUACCUCGGCGAAUCCAGGCUUUGGCUAGAGUUCAAGUUGAGUUCCCCCCUUGUUUAUGUGGUCCUGGGGCAGUCAGGAGGGGCUCAUUAUCCCUCUGUCAUGGCACUGACUGCUCAGCGUCUGUGAAGUUGUGACCCAUCUGUGCUAGGCAGAGCAGGGCUUGGGUUUGCUCAUGGCCCGGGAGGCCUGCUCAGGGGCUGGACAUGUCCCUGCCAAGUCACUGCCCAUCAGCCUCCUCUGGUCCUCCCCAGUCCAAAUGUCCCUUUGUUACCAGCUCCCUUAUCCCCCUGUGGGAGGGCGCAGCUGCCCUGAUCUGUGUCUGUAGUUGGAGGCUGCUGCAGUUGGAAGAUACUGGGUCUGCCAUUAGCCCUGGGGGUGGCACCACCUUUGAGGGUUUCCAGGUCUUUGGCCAGAUCCAGAUCCCAGUUAGCCUCUUGUGUUAAGUUCUAGACCAAGGCCUUUGCUAUGAAGAAUAGUGUUUCAUAUGACCCAUUUUCCUAGUGCAUGAGAAAUAAAGACUAUUUAAGUAA